AUGUUUCUGGUCAUCAUGGUAUCGGCGUCAAGUUUCUUCUCACCCCUGAGUGCCAACAUCUACUAUCCUAUUUUUGAUGUGCUCGCCCGCUACUAUAAUGUCAGUAACACUCUGACCAAUUUGACGGUCACCACUUACAUGAUCCUCCAAGGAAUCGCCCCGACCCUCAUCGCAGGCGUUUCUGACGGCGCGGGACGACGCCCAGCCUUCAUCAUCUGCUUCAUUAUUUAUCUUGGGGCCAACCUGGGCUUAGCGCUGCAGACCAACUACGCUGCCAUCCUCGUUUUGCGAAUGGUUCAGAGCGCCGGCAGCAGCAGCACCAUUGCCCUUGCGAGUGCCGUGGUUGCUGAUAUUGCCACUUCAUCAGAGAGAGGAUACUUUACGGGCUGGGCAUCAUCAGGACAAUUUAUUGGUCCUGGUAUCGGUCCCAUCAUUGGUGGCCUCCUUAACCACUACUUGGGAUGGCGCUCCGUCUUUUGGUUCCUGCUCAUCUCGUCCGGUGUUAUCUUCUUGAUCAUGCUUCUCUUCUACCCCGAGACGUGCCGUAAGAUUGUUGGCGACGGCACUAUCCCUCCUCCCAAGUGGAAUAUGUCUGUUCUAACCCACUACCACCUCAAGAAGCACCACGCGGCUGAUAAGGACCGCCCCAAAGCAAAUAAGAUUACAAUCCUCAAUCCGCUUGAGACUCUGGCCGUGAUCUUUGAAAUGGAGGUUGGACUAACCCUCUUCGCCGUGGCCGUUUCCUUCGCCUCUUACUACGCUGUUAUCUCAUCCAUCCCUUCGCAGUUCACCCUGGUUUACCACUACAACGACAUCCAAAUCGCGCUUUGUUUCUUACCUAUCGGUCUCGGUGCCAUGCUUGCCGUGCUCGGUGGCGGCAGGGCUGUGGACCUGAAUUACCGACGGUACGCCAAAAACCUUGGUUUCCCACUCGUCAAGACCAAGCAGACUGACCUGCGGCACUUUCCCAUCGAAAAGGCCCGCUUGGAGAUUGCUCUUCCGGUGUUCACCAUCCAGGCACUCUCAACCAUUGGUUACGGAUGGUGCAUCCAUUAUGGCACCAACCUGGCCGGCCCGUUGAUCUUCCUCUUCAUCCUGACUACCUCUGCGGCCUUGUGCUUCACCAUCAUGUCGAUCUUGCUAGUUGACCUGAAUCCCGCUGGCGCAGGGAAAGUCGCGGCUGCUAACAACCUCGUGAGGUGUGGGCUGGGUGCGGCCGCUACGGUCGCCAUCAUCCCCAUGAUCAAUGCCAUGGGAAGCGGAUGGGCGUCCACAUUCUUCGGUUUCCUCUGCAUGGCCUUCUCUCCAAUCCUGCUAGUCAUCAUGAAAUGGGGCCCGGAGUGGAGAGAAAGGCGGAGACUGAAGGAGGAGGAGAAUGAGGAAAAGGCAGCCGCGAAGAAGGAGAGGGAAGCGGCAAAGUAG